ACUACUGAAAAUUUGGUAAAUUAAAGCUCUACCUUGAAACUAGAAAUAUCAAACCAGGUUUUUAUAUUUUGUUUUCUUUCUACUUCGCUCAUUUUUAUAAUAUAUAGAUAUAUUUUGAAAUUUUCAUUUCCAAGCUGAAGCUGUUACAAUCAUUGCCCUAUUGUGCUAGAAGAAUUUUCACCUCAAAGAUGAUAUACAACAAAAGUACUGAUAAAGUCUUAAACCACAUUGCCAAAGAUGAGGGAUUUACUGAUUACAAAAUAUGUAGUUAUGGUCAAAUUUCGAAAGGACAAGGUUUAACCGGAGAACUAUAUUUCGUUAACAUCAAAUCAGAGGACAAUAUUAAACAACUCGAGCUCCUCAUAAAAGAAGCUACUAAGAUAAAGAAAAUCAGAGAUUAUUUCCCAGUAAACGCGCUCUAUAAAAAUGAAGCUUUGUUUUAUAAUAUCAUCUGGCCGAAAUUUACUAAUCUUCAACAGGACGUUAUGGGAAAAAUGAUUUUUGAUAAUGUACCUAAAUGCUACGGCUCUGAAAUUAAACCCGGAGAAGAAUGUAUAGUUUUAGAGAACUUGAGAUCUAAGGGCUUUGAAACGUUUCCUAAGAGUGAAUAUUUAGAUAAAAAAAUGUUGGAGAUGAUUUUCAAAAAAUACGGGGAACUUCAUGCUUUGUCAUUCGCAUAUAAAAUGAAAGAUUCAACAAGCUUUGAGGUAACCUGCGGUCAGUUAAUACCUUAUUGGACUGGUGCCAAGAAUAUAAUACCACUCAAAGUUUCCAUACAGACAUUGUUCCAGAAAUGCGUCAGUUAUACAUCGAAAUACAAUUCAAAACUUCAAUCAAAAAUGGAGAAAAUCAAUGAAAAUCCAUUAGAUGCAUUCAUAGAUUCAAAUUAUUACAAAGGAAAAUACGGGGUACUUUUGCAUGGAGAUUGUUGGAGUAACAAUAUGAUGUUCCAAUUUGAUUCUCCAAGAAAUCCUAUUGAUAUGAAAUUCAUUGAUUUCCAAGUAUGCCAAGUGGGUUCGCCCGUCUUUGAUUUAGCGUAUUCUUUCUAUUCAGGGGGUUCAGAAGAAAUCUUCAAUGAACUCGACCACUUUCUAGAAAUUUACAGCAAAAGUUUAACCGAUAUGUGCCAGCAACUCAACUGUAACAAAUACAUCAGUUUGGAUGAGUUGAAAAUAGAAUGGAAAGAGUACAGUAAAUUUGGAUGGAUAAUGGCAUUGAUUAUUUUAAGGGCCAAAUUGGUUAAGGACGAAACAAAUCUAGAUUUGCUUGUAAUGUUGAACGAAUUUGAGAAACGGAACUAUGAAGCUCAUUUGGAAGCAAGCGAUGAAGAUGAAAUUGAGAAAAGAACAAUGAGCAUACUUAAUCAUUUAGAUAAAUGCGGUUAUUUGUAAAAUUUUAUCGUUUAUGUUGUUAUGUUCAAACUAUUUCUUAUGUCAAAUUUAUUGAUGUUGUGUAUAUUAUAAUAGCAAAUGCAUAAAGUUCAUAUAGGAGGCAACAAAACAAUAUGCCAUAACUAAAAUUUGAAGCUGACAUAUUAAAUUGUGGCAGUCAAUAUUUUUAUAUGAUAAAUUGUUUUAUUGUGUCAAAUAUUACCUCCACAAAAUUAGUAGACAUGAAAAAGUGACAACAAAAUGCGAAUCUCUGGACAUAUUUGAUGUCAAAUUAUAUUUUGUAGCAUAGUUUAAAAGGUUUAGAAAGCUCACAUUUUAAUCUUUGAAAGGAAGUUGUGUGUUUCCUUAAAAUCAAAUUAUUAACAUGUGGUUAAUUUAGGAUAUGGAAACUCGCUGGUGCGGGAGGAAAAAAUGAGCCGUAGCGUCCUCUGUUGGUUCAUGAGCACAACUAAUACGUUUACAGAUACGGUAGGUAACACUAGGGGCUAUGAUGUCGAGCCAAUCACAGAACAGCAUUGACAUUUGACAUAAUAUAGUGGAUGCGUACACAAAACAUACCCAAUAAGAAUGGUCUAAUAGAUAGCAGUAGCUACCUAUCGGUAACGGUUACGAUCGGGAACAUGUUGAGCGUUCGCUGUCAACACUUCUUUGUUUUUUGUGUCUUGUUAGUUUAUGAAAGGUAAAUUUUCAAAACAGAGGCUAUUUAGGUUGCUUUUAUUGAACUUAUAAAUUUUACAUUAAGUGGUAAAUGUGGAGGUACUUUGUCUAUUUCAAAGAAUUACGAAUUGUUUUCACCACUCAUCCUCUUUUAUAUGUAUAUAAAAUUGUCUUUAUAAUUCAAAACGAAUUUAUAUAGAAUAAAUCGUGCAGUUCAAACUCCCUUCUCUUAAACGAAUUCCAUCAUUUACAACCUAACCAACAUUCCGCAACACAAAUUUAGCUCUGCCACUUACCAAACGUGGCGCUAAUGUAAAAAAAUGUGUCAUUACUGUCAAUGUCGGUCAACGGCGAUCAACGCUUUUGAAUUAUAUUUGACACGGCGUUGGUGGGUGGAGUCCCUUCAAUUUGAAUAAAAAUAUCUACAGUUAUUUCACUACGAUAUAUUUUAAAAUGAACGAAAUAGAACCAGACAAAUUUUUUAAACAUAGAUGAAUUGUAGGGUCUAUGUUCCUGCAUAACAUCUUCGAGGAAUUAAAUAGAUCCAAUCUAUCUAGUAAAAAUGGUUAGACCAACAAAUUUUAUGGAUAUCAUUUGUUCUGACUGAAAAGACCGUGACUAGAGUAUCUUGUAUAUUUAAUAUCUCAUUUUUCGUGAUGAUUUAUCUUAAUAGUAAACUGUAGUACUAAUUUGAAAAAAGACACAUAAUUUUACUUUGUACUCAAAAGGCUAUAGUUUUUGGUGCCCUAAUCAAUCUCUACUCCACAAUUAUUAUAGAUUAACCUAUUUCUUUAUGUUUUAUUGAGCGAAUAAAUAUCCACAUUAUUUUCGUGGAAUAAAUAGACUAUCUCAUCACUUCAAUCACAGUAAAAGAUUUGUACCACACGUAUUCUAAUUACAUCCCAAGUUUUUUCGGAAAAUUCAUUCAAAUAUUAUUAUUUAAAAGCACAUUGAAUAAAAUAGAGUAUUUCUAAAUUCGUGGAGGUAAUUGCUCGUAUGAAAUUAGGAUGUGUCUUUUCUAUAAUAAAAUUUUCUCAGUCCACCCCUUUCCCAGAUAUCACCCUUAAAAGAUGGGAUUUCUUUUUUAAUUUCAGUAACUAACCACUAACCAAUAUUCCUAUUACAUUAUAGGGGGAUGAAAUUAGCAGCCUUCACUUUAUUUCAUAUCAAAACUUUUUUUCUGCUUCCGUUAGUAUCUUAUGUACUUUAUAUACACUUUCGAAUGUGUAAUGAAACAUACUUUAAGCAGUAGUGCGUAAAAAACGUAUUAUUAAGAUCUCCGUAGUGUAGUGGUUAGAGUACAUGCGGGAGGUCCCAGGUUUAAGUCCACGCUGAUACCAUCUUUUAUUUUUCUACUUAAUGUAGUAAUAAUUAUUUUUAAGUGGCAUUUAUACAUGCCGAAGAGAAAAGUUGCCAAAUUUAAUAACACAACUUCGUCUGUUGUUUUGUUAGUUUGUUCUAGUCUUGAUUAAAAAGUUCAAAAUAUUGAUAAAUAUAUAAUAUAUUUUAUGAGGAAAAUUACGUGUAUAAAGGCCUUUUUUGAACUCAAAUGAUUGUCGACUUGAAUUAUAAAUAACUAUUUCAAGAUGAAGUUUUAUGAAAUAAAAUUAGAUAUAACUUAAAA